CAGCACGGCCGGGGCGGGCGGCGGCGGCGGCGGCGGGGCCGGGCGGGCACAGCGGCGGCGGCGCCAUGAGGCCCGGGCAGGGGCACCGAGAGUAAGUGCGGCGCGCGGCGGGAGCGAGGGCGCGGCCCCACCGUCACCUCCUCCUCCUCACCAUCAUCAUCAUCCUCCUGGUCCCGCUCGCCGCGCGGCGGGACCGCCGCGGUUCAUACCCCCCCCACACACCAUUGUCCUUCCCGGGUGUCCCCUCCCCCCGCCCGCUGAGGCGGCCCCGGGGUGCCGACCCGCCCCCUGUCGCGAUAGCCGCCGCCUGUCGCGACAGUCGCUCCCACCCCGCCUCGCCGGGGUCUCCCCCGCUCAGCGCGGAGCCCCCCGGGAGCCCCGGCGGCCUCGGUGCCCGUCCCCGGGUACCGCGCUCACGGCCCGGAUCGCGAUAGUGCGUCAGCCAUCGCGACAGAAGUGCCGUCAGGGGGAAGGGGGGACUGCGGUCGCAGUGCGAGCACAUCCUUUGUGUGAUUCUUGCCCAAGAAAAGUGUCUUUUUGCGAGAGGCUCGCAGGAUGGUUUGGGCUGGAAGGGACCUCAAAGCCCAUCUUUGCCACGGGCAGGGAGCGGGUAUCGCCAAUAAAUCAUCCGUCGUUUUUAUUCCCCACCAACCAAUUUUCAAGUGUCUGAAGAAGAAGAAGAAGAAAACUGCAGAGCUGGACUCCAGUUCUCAGUGCACUCGUGCAGCAAAGUACUGAGGUGGUUUUGGUUCUGCAGCGUGUGAACCACCCCGACCAACACCUUCGAGGGCUCACAGACAUCUCUCACCCUCCCCUGGUAGCACUAGGUACAAGUUUAGGAUAAAUCACAGAUGCAGGUUGAUUAGUUCAACCAGAAUUUGUUCUGCUCACUUCUUCCUACAGUCCUUUAUUUUCCCCAUGUCACAUUCUCAAGAAAAUACAAGUCUUUCUGGAAAACUUUUCUGCAGCAAUACUUUUUUUCCUCCUUAUUGCACAAACCCGGUUCUUUGUUGCUCCGGUCGCUGCAGGAGAGGAGGGAGCUGGGAGCUCUCAGGAGAUAAGGUUGGGUUCCUAAGUGAUGUCAUUUGUGCUGGAGCAACGGUGGUGACUUUGUGAUGGAAUAAAUCCUCCUGGACGUGCUGGGGCUUUGUGAUUUGUGUGUGUGUGCACUGUGGAAACUUGGUCUGAUUCAGCAGCCGGCUGAGAAAAUUCUGUGCUGCACAAGCAGUGAGGGAAUAGAGUGAUGAGAGUUGCAUUUUCCUUUCAGCCUAUUUGUUUCUGAUCAGGGCUUUUUAAGAAUUUGAACUUGUUGGAGUCUGUUCAUUUCAGUGGGUGCACAAAGCAGCGGGGAAAGAUGCUGUUCAAGGGUCUUACAGGUACUGGAGGUGGAGAGAGCAGAGUUUUGCAGCCAGCAGCAGAGUGAAGAUUCAGGGAAAGCUUUUAGGUGGGUCUGGUGUCCUGUGAAGCCAGUCCAGAGGGUCUGGAAACUUGGAGAGGAAAAGCAGUGAUAACAGAAGGCAGACUUAAAGCAAAUGCAUUCACUAUUAAUUUUCAGCAGAGGAAUGUUUGGAUCAAGAGCGAGUAAGAGUCAGAGGGUAAGGUUUGCAAUUAACACAGAAUCUAAGCUUUCAUGGAGAAAUGCUUCCAUAAAAGAAAGGCUGUUUGUUUUCCAAAUGAUAUUUACCCUGGGUAGAAUUUCUGAGGUGGAGAAAUGAGAAUUGCCCCUUGUCUGGGGGAGCACAGGUCGAGCAGGAGCUGGAAGAGGAGUUGAUGAAUUGGCUGUAAUUCGCAGGCAUCGCUUCAAAUAUUUUCAAUAUUUCUCAACUAUUUUAAGAAGCUGUAUUGAAUUCCAGCCCAACCAGCCUGAUAGUCUGGAGAGAGGAAGGAUGAGUAUUGCUGGAGCAAGAAUUAAGCAAAAAUAGAUAAAUCUGACAUAAUGGAUGACAAGGGAAAGCUGAUUGCUGAAAGAUGCUGGCAUGCUCUGGUUUUGCAUGCUUGGCAUAUAUUCUGUUGUGUUACAUGGCUUUUGAAGUGUAAAAAAAAAAAGAAAGAAAUCUCAUUUUGUGCUGAGAUAAAAGAAAAAGCAGGUGCUUAAAUUCUGUUAAGGAUCAGCUUUGAUACUGACAUGAAGUAGUGACCUUGCUUGCAUUCACCCCCCGUCAUUUUGUGAACUUCUCAAUUGAAUAAAUAAUUCACUUAGCACCAAAUAAAUGCCAUUUAAUAAGAUGGUAUUUUUGAUCCCCCUUUCACUUCACAUUGCAAACAGUUUCACACUUUUUCAGCUUGAGCACAGCCUGGGGUGCUAUUUCUGUUAAUAACAUUAAAAAUAUGUUGGAGAAUGUCCACAUAGUAUUGUUUUUUCUCCAAAUGUGAAAUUAAGGAGCCGUUGUGUUCUCUGCAGCUUGGAUAUUUGCCUUCAUUUAAGCCUUAUUUGUAUUUGUUUCAAGUUGUCCUCUGACAGAUAAGCUUUUGUGUCUGUGCUUGCUUCUGGGAACUGUUGCCAGAUCAAGAGAAGUAAGGAUUUUUGUCAAGGACUGAAGUAUCUAUCUGUAUUUCCCAGAAGCUCAGACAAUGUUCAGGAGCCUCAGCUUGUGUCCUCUGCUGCACUUGCUGAAAUGCCUGGAUGUGGGAUAGAGACUUUUAUCAGUGCUUCCAGUGCAAUAUUUUACUUUUUCACAUUGGUUUGUCCAUUCAUUUUUUACUCUUCUUCAUUUUUGACCGUGACGUGUUACUGGCCAGCACACGGAGGUGGGGAGAGGAGGAAAUAGAAAGUUUUGCCCUGGCUGGCCUCACCCUAAAAGGCUCCAUCACCAAAACAUUUUAUAGCCUGUAUAUUCCUGGCUCAUCUUCGGUGAGGCAACAGUGAGAUGAGAGUCACAGAUUUAUGAAGUGACUGGCAGCAUUCUGGGAUUUAUGGGGUUGCUAAAUACACCACCCAGAACGUAGCCACAGCCUGAUUUGUUUGAGUUCUUUAACAGGUGAUCAGCACUUUUAAAUAAUUGCUUUAAGAACAUGCAGUUCACUGAAAUGCUACACCCAGCAGGUGAGUAACAGGUCACUCUGUUGUGUAGUAGUGUACUCACUCUUCAGAGGCUGGUUUUGGGGUAAGAUGCCCCUGAGGAGGAGUAAAGGUUUCACAAUUUUCUGCAUCUGUAAUGAGUCUAUCACCCCACCCUUUCCAAUUGUCAGCGUUUGAGAUGUUUAAACAAUUUAAAACGUUCUCAAACUAGGAAGUGAAGUGAGUAAUUGAAUCUUUUAUUCCUUGUGUGGUAUGCCACAUUCCCAUUUUCCCAUUGUAUUUUGUGACUCGUGUUGAAAUCUUUACCACACAGAUCUUGGAGCAAUUUUUUUAUUUUAAUUGCAGAUCGUUACUUUGACUGUGAAUGCUAAAAUGAGUUUGUCACAUUAUUAAUCUUUCUACUUUCAAAAAAUAAAAUGCUUUCCAAAUACUGCUUGAGGAACAGAGCUCCUGAACAGGCAUUCUGCUGGCUGACAUCCAGAAAAGUUGUUCUGAACUUUACCCAAAGAUAUUUUUCCAAGGGGUUGUAAUCUUUCAAAAGCUGAUUUUACUUCCAUAGCUUGGCCUACACCAGGAGCUGACAGAGACCUCUGUGUUCAUCUACUGCUGGUUCCUGUGUUUUUAGUAAUUUGAUUUAAAUGAACACUUAAAAAGCCAGCAGCUGUAGCUUGUGGCUGAUCCAACCUCACAGAUCCUGUAGGUCCCUUUUCCUUAUUUCAGCACAUUCUGUCUGGGUGUCUCUCCACACCUCCCCACUCAUUUUGUAUUUGUUCUGCGUUUGCUAUAAUUAUUCCCCCAAUGUGCUUCAGAAUUAUUCUUCAUUUAUGUAUUCCCAUUGCUUAACUUGUUUUUGCUGUGUGUGAAGAUUAGUCCAAGUUUCCAGGGUUUGUGAGGAAAAUGGUGAUAUUUCAUUCUUGGAAUAAUUUCUCAGGAAUGCAGUUUGGCUGCAGUGUGGAUUUGAUGGGGGAUAAUGGGGGUGUAACACUCGGGGAUGAAAACUGGGAAAGAUUUCUCAUGUGAGUUCCCAAGUCCCGUGCAGGGAUUCUGGAGUGCCUGGAAUGUGUGGAGCACUGGGUUGUUGAUUUAUUUAGAGAUAACCGAACUGUUCCAGGCUUUUAAGUGGAUGCAUUGAUGGGUGUACUAGGGGGAAAUGUUUUAGAAAACAGGUUCUCUGUAAAAGCAGAGACAAACCUUUAAGUACAAUUCUGCUGAACUGGGUGGCAGAUCCUGCCUGCAGCAGGUGUGGGUCCUGUAGGAUCUCUGGUGGGCAACGAGUGCUAACAUUUAAUUUCUUACCGUGUCUGUAGUAAAGGUGAUGUAGAAAAGGUGAACCAUGAAAGUGCAGCUGUUUUUAGUUUUAAAGGGAAAAAAAAGCAGUCAGAAAAUGAUCUACUAAGUGAUACAUUGCUGACGUCUGUAGUGCAGCCAACCCAAUUAAGGUGCCAUAUAUUGUUUCCAGCAGGAUUCUGAUUGUUUCUAAUUUGGGAACCACACAAGAGCAAUGGAAAUAGGUGAAACGCUGUGCUCUGCUCUUCAGAGUGAUCUAGCAUCCAGUUUCUCUGUAAUUUCCCUCCUCAUACUGGGACAAUCUCCCUGGCCAGCCUGAGGUGGGAGCCAGACAUGCAAAAAAAAACCCCCAAAAAACCAAAAACCUCUUGCAUGUUUUUGUUGGUAAAAUAUCCCAUAAGUCAUUGUUGAGCGCUGUGGAUUAUUUUCUCAUUUCCUGGCCCCAGCAUAUCCUUUGCUGUAUCCUGCUGUCCCUCUCCUUGCCUUCACGUUGUUAAACUUGGAGUGUGCAUGUUGGAGGAUGUGUGUCUCACAGUCCUGCCCUUUCCUGUGCCUGUCCCUUGCCACUCAUUUUGUUCCUCUCUGUAGAGAGUUGCUGCUUGAAUACACUUGGAAAAAUACUGUAAGGUGACUGUCCUGAACCAAUACCACAAAUAUCUAUGUAUAUAUGUAUAGAUCUAGUUUAAAUUCUGUUGGAAGGAAAUCUUUGUAUGAACCUUUUUCAAAAAAUUAUGCAGAUGCUCCCACUCUCCGAGUAAACUUCCUCCUCUGCUUAUCUUAUUUUAAACCUGGAAUGAAAAACAGCUUGUCUUCUUAACAUCUGGAAAGGGGAGCCCUUCAUGCCUGCUUUAUAUUCUUUUAUCCAGCAUUGUUCUUUUUUCAUCCUUCUGUUCUGGCACUGGUUUUCUUCAUUUGCUGUCUUCUAAGCUGGAGGAAUGUCAUGUGCUUUGGCUUUGUUGUGGACAGGGAAAAUUAGGGAUUUGCUUGCCCUUCACUUCCAGCUCAUCAGUGUGUUCUGAUUCUGGGCUGGUUUUUGUUUUCUUCAGCUACAGCAAAGCCCUCAGCUUUUGCCUGGAAUGGUAGGUGUGUUCCUGGAGCUGGUAAUUCGUGCAUCCCUUGACUUUAAAUUGUUCACAGCUCUGCUGAGCGUUUGUGAAUGAGCGUGGAGGAAAAUCAAUAUAUGAAAAAGCCAGAGUAGGGGAGGGAAAACAGCUCUUCCAGCACCUUUUCCUGGUCACACCAUUGCCUGAUUUAGUUUUUGUGUCUGUGAACUCUUUAGUGUUUAAAUUUAGAAAUGGAUUGUUUUGGAACAAGUCGCUUUUAAGAUCGUUUCCAGGAGAUUUGUGUGUAAUUUAAUCCCAUUCAGGUUUGCUGCUCUCUGAUCUGCUUGUUCUGCAAGACUUCAGGUUCUCCAUUUCCCUGUGCCUCUCCCACUAUGUUCUACAAAUCUGUUGGGGUUUUUUUCCAGUCAAAACUGCAGCAGCAUUUAUGAAUCCUUUUAUACCUUUUCUAUUCCCUGUUUCUAUUCAUUGACAAAGUAGUAUUUCCUACAAUAACCUGGAGGUUUAAAAAAUGUAACUUCAGUGUCUCUGAAGGAUCUCAUUAGUGAUUAUUAUUCAAAUACUCUAGAAAUUGAAUGUGUGUACUUUAAAACUUAGUCUGAAUAAUAUAUUUAGUACUUCUGCUGUAUAUUCUCUUAUGUUUACUAUUAAUUUCCAACACUGCUUAGUUUAGUAUUUCAGGGCAUCUUUUUACUUAGGGCUUAUCAAUGAGUGAAGUUGCUGAUGAAGAACAAAAGAAAAAAUUCUUCUCAGAAUGUGACAGUCCAACAUAACAUCUCAACCACUUGAAUUUGAGACUGGAAAGAAUUAAGAUUUUUCCAUACUUCCAUCUAGUGUGCAUGAGGGAAAUUGCAUCCAUGGCUAAAAUCCCAGCCAUUCUGCUAGCAGUUCCACUUGGGCAAGGAUCAUCAUCAGGUCUUUGUUAAGCAGUUACUGCUGAUGAACUGACAGGUUUGAGAUUAGAGUGUUUAUGUGGUGGUACCUUUGUGAUGUCCAUAAAAUGGUGAUGUGUGAAGUUUGAGAAAAAUCACCUUUCACCGUGUGGUGUUCGUGCUCUCCUUCCCUGUGUUCUGCUCUAUUUACUUGUCACUCCGUGCUAGGAUUUCAGCUGCUUGAUUUAUGAAUUAUUGCUAUUGAAAUAAAAUUAAAGUGGCUGUUCAGUUAUUUAAGAGCCAAUUAAAUCUGAUUUUAUUCUGAUGUAACAUUUCCAAUGAAAGGGCAUAAAAUGCAGUCUGUGGGGGAAAGUUAGAUCUAAAAAUGGUUAGUGUUUAUUUUUUAUAAUCUGUCCUUUCAACAGCUUGACUUGGCAAAUAAAAUCCUUUGCAAUCUCACAGCAGUGACUGCAGAUGUUAGAAGUUGCUGUGUAUUAGAAAAUAAAACAGGUUUGGUGCUUUCAGUGAUCCUGUAUAAACCUUUAGCUGUGGCUGCUGGUUGGAGAAUGUAUCCAGCCAGGGGAGAGGAAUUUGCAAAGCUUUUGGAGAAUAUAAUUUAUUUACCAGCCUUUGGUGACUUUGAAAGGUAGAAACAAAGGGUCUUUUGGGACAAACCUUUCUCAAAUCAUGGGCUGGGCUGUCCUGAGGGAUCAAUGUUAGAAUUAGUUGAGUUUCCAGUAUCAGAUUGUGCUAAUUACUGCGAGGUCCCUGCUCACAGGGGACACUCAGGACGAGAUGCUUUGAGAAGUGCAGCCCAAGAACCUCAUUCAUGCACGGACAGAGAUGGGUCACAAGUGUUGUAUUGGGGAGCCAAAUUCACUCUUCAAAAUCUGCUGUGCAUGGACAUACUAAAAAAUUCAAGUCACCAGAAAAUAUCCUGCCAAGACUUGUAGUCCUGAAUUUAAACAGCAAUAAAUACAGCAAGUGGAGAAUGAGCAGGUACUUUUCAUUACGUGUGGCAAUUAAAAUGUGUCUCUUGGUAGUGGUGUUUCAUACCAGGAGAAAUGACAGUGCAAAUCCCAGUUUUAUUCUGACAAUUUCACACUGUAUGUGGUAUCUUCUGUGGGCAUGGAGGGUGCUGGCGGAGCCUGUUUCAAUAUGAAGAGCCUGGUUUGCCUUUUUUUUUUUUUUUAUUAAAAAUAAAUCAUAUUGAUGUGGAUGUAAUUUUAUUUGUGACUAGACAAGCCUGCACUAGCCAGCUCUCAGGUUUGUGGCGUCUGUCUCCAGCAAGAUCAUAGAUACAGAGAAAAUGAUUUAUUUUAGUAUCCAGUGCUUAGAUAAAACUCUGGUUUUGUGCAGAUGGCACUGAAAGGAUAACACGUAGCUCGGACAAAUUUAUAUAAACCACCAUCUAUUUCUACUGGAAUCCAAAUCUUCUGUACAUCAGUAAUAUUGAGGUUUAUAUUUCUGUGACCUGGUUUUUUUUUGGUGUAUAUUAAUUAUUUGCUGAGUGUAGAGGUUGGUGGGGAUGGUGUACUCUAGUCUGGCUGCUCUGUGCAUCUGGAGGAUUCUUCCUGGCGCUCUGCAGAGCUGUUGGGAAUUGUCUGGUUGGUCUUGGAGAAUGCUUUGGGGUUUUGGAAUGGAAAGCAUGUCGGAGUGUGAGGGUGCUCAGCUUUUUGGAGAGGGUUGGAGAUGGCACAGGUGUUUGGGAGGGACCUGCUCCUCCCUCAAAGGCUUUUAUAAAACACUUUAGUAGAGCACAAUCAAAUUCUGAUAGCGGCACUAAUUCUAAAUAAGUGUUUGCUAAACAACGUUAAUGGAUUUAAAAUGUUUUUAGGAAUAGUUAUUAGUCCUUCAGUCUCGUAUGGUGAAGGGAGUUUUGUCUCGAUGGGGGGCUGCCAUUUUAAUGCUUCCUGGCAGGAGGCCUAUUUUGAUCAUGCAAAUUAGGUUGGAAAAAGUAGGCUAAGCCAUUAAAAAGUAGGAGAGAUCACGAAAUUUUAAAUUUUUAAGGUGACUAUUUUUCUAAUUAUUAACAUUUUUGUUAUCAUCGUUCACAUAUGUCACUUCAUUUCCCUUAAUUCUUGUCCUCAUCCCUUAACUCUGACAGCCUCAGUGCUGGUUGCUCUUGCAUCCACCACUCCAAAUGGAAGCCUCAAUCCACUGGCUAUUUUAUUCCCAGCAAGGUGCUUGGAAAUAUUGCCACGUGGUGUGUUUUGUUGUAUAAUUAGAAAUGCAGAUACAGUCUUUUUACUUGCACCAUGGUUAAUUUUUUCCUAUUCCGUUAACAUUAAUAGGGACUGAAGGUUAAGCUUACGUCAACUCUGGAUAUUUGCAGGGUUCUUGUUGGCAGGGGAAUUCAUUCUGGGAAGUGGGAAAGGGGCACAUGGGUGAGAUUUGGAGGCAGUGUCCAGAGAAGGCUGGAUCUCAGGUGGGAAGACACCAAGGUUUUCACCAGGAUCUCAUCAGCGUUUCAUCUUCCCCACCAGUUUCUGGACAGGAGGACGGAGUGACACAGCACUGAUGGAACCCAGGGUCCCUCUGGGGGCGUGGGGAAGAGUCCCCUGUUCCCUCCAGGAGCCACAUGGAUCCUGCAGGAGCUCUGCUGCCCAUCCCUCACAUCCUGCUCCUCUGGGCAACGAGUGCGUCAGCAAAAGAACUGCCUUGGUGCCCAUAGGCUUGCAAGCUUCAUUUAAUCCUAUUAAUUUUUAAUAGAAAAUUAAUAUUAAGCCAGAAUACUUCGAACAUGGCUUUGCCUGUGCUCAGAAAGACCCUCAGCUCAUGUUUGCUUUGGAGUGUUGGAUCCUGCAGGAACGAGACCCUCCUGGAACAAUUUGGGGCUAGGAGCAGAGGGACGCUGUCACCUUCAGCAAUUACGGUAGCAGUGCCAUGUUCCACCUCAGUGAUCACAAAUGUUGGUUGGAUUUCAAAUCUCUCUCCCUAGAAGGGGUGUUGGGUGUGCCAUGCAUGGAUAAUCUGAGAGGAACUGGGCAUCUCCAGCUAAAAAUGUGCAACAAAUGUAUUUGUGUCAAUUAGCGCUGCGCUGACCCGACUGGAGCCUGGUGGAAAAUGCCAACAGUUGGAUAUCAAUUUUACAAGGACUUCAGUAAAUGCUAAUCUGUGCAAUUUAGGGGUGAUGUUGUGAAAAAAAAAAAAAAAAAAAGCAUAUUUUUAAUUGCCCUUUUCAGCUUUGCUACAGUUGAUGUUCUGCAGCCUCCAGAACAGUAAACUCGAAACAGGAAGGUCGGCUCUUGGAGCUGAUGGUAUCUUUGUCCUUAAGAGAGAUUCUGGGAAAGUAAGCUGCAUUCCUUAGCUCUUGCAACCCUUUUUAAUUGUUUUUUCUCACAACCUUAGCCUGAUCUUAUCACCCAAGUAAUUGUUGCAUCAUAUUUGCUUUAUUGUCCCUGCUGGGAUGCCAGAUAAUUGCUUUAUACCUUUUAAUGGAAAGUGUUUGGGAAGCCUGUUACCUCUGGGAAGUAGAUGAGCGGUGCUGCAACUACUGCAACAGUUGCAUUUAUCCCAUUUUUCAGAAGCUGGAUGGGAAUCCAGCAGGAAAAGGCUUGGAUGGCUGGCACCUUCUCUAGAAUUGAGUAGCAGCCAUAAAGUUACUUGGUGUUUUAAACCCCAUCAUAAAAGUAAAGCUGCCAGCUCUGCUGUGCCUUGUGUUUGGGUAUAUCUUAUCUGCGGGAAUAUUCAGCCAGACUUUCCCUUAUGAAGUAGUAUUGUAGGGUAUUAAUUAUUCAUAGUCAGUUUAAUUCUUCUUUCUUGCAUAUUUAAUUGUAAUAGCAUGCUGUAUGUCACAGUGAUUUCCCAGAAGAACUGUACACCAAAGGCAAACCAUCCAGGUAUAUAGUCUUAAAUACGUCCGUGCUAAUCUUUGUUGUUUAAUUUUGGAGCAGAAUGGGAUAUUAUCAGAUGUUUCUUGCAUGGAAACAAUUAUGCAAAAUCAUGAUUUCGCUUCAUCUUUUCAGCUGAAAUUUUCGGGCUGAAAUAGCUGGUUUGAUUUCCACUGAUGACGUUUGCGUUGUCUUGCUUAUUUUAUGAGGAAAAAAUGCUUAAUGGGAGGGAGGACGUGACUUUUGUUUUCUUCUCUGCAGCAGGGGAGCCUUUAUCAAAGACUUUGGAAGUGUCAAUCGAUUCCUUGCAGAAGAUGAAGGAAGGGAAUAAGAUUUUUAUUGAGUUUUUUUCAGUGAUCAGAAUAGCAAUGCCAAAUGCUUGUGUGAUUAAGAUUUUUUUCAACAUUUUUUUUAAUGGCUGCGAUGGGCUCUUAGUGCUUGAUGUGAGAAAAUAUUGGAGGCACAGGAACUGCAAAUGCAUUCACAAUUUGAUUUGCAUUACCCUCCUUCCAGAGCCGUUUCUCGCUUGUAAGACACUUGGUAAAGCUGAAUCCCUCGUGUUUGGAGAGCAGGAUUGUUCUCGGAGAUUUACCGUAGGAGUUUAAACUUCUGAAAAAUCUGUUUACAAUGUGUCUGAACUGGAGCACAGAGGACACAGUAGAGACUGUUAUCUGUUUACUGCUCAGAUAAGGAGGUGGAAUAGAUUGCUGGCCUGUUUCUGAACUCUGCUUAAUGAAUGGUUGCUAGGCAAAUUGCAUCUCAAUCAGCUUAAUCCUCAAGAUGUCAUUUACAGGUCUGCUCUUUGUGAGGGCCAGAACCGUGCGCUUUCAAACUGCACAGGCCAGAAAUUGCUAGCAAAGCAGCUUAGAAUAGCUUGUUCAAAAAUUCAGUGUACAUGUGCUGCUGAGCUGCCCAAUUUAAAGUGCCUGUUGUCGCAGGGCCGUCACUGCCUGGCCAUGCGCGAGAUGAGGCGUGCGGUGAUAGACAGGAGGCAGCAGCAUCCUUAGCACCGUUUCUGGAUCAGCACAGCCCACACCACCACGUUUUGGCACUGGAUUAACGUGAAAGAAAGCGUUUCUAAAUGGGGACCGCACUGCUGACGUGAUGAAAGGGGACACUACACAGAAAAUGAGAUCUGCACAGUAUCCUACCCCAGCAGAAUUGGAUGCUUAUGCUAAGAAGGUCGCCAACAAUCCACUGACUAUAAAAAUCUUCCCGAACAGCGUCAAGGUUCCCCAGAGGAAACACAUACGCCGUACUGUGAACGGACUCGAUACUUCGGGCCAGAGGUACAGCCCCUACCCAUCUCAGGCCACCACGAAAACCGGCCUGCUGGCCAUAGUGAAAUCCCCAGCGAAAGGAAUCAUCAAGGACUUUGACGGGACGCGCGCGCGCCUGCUGCCGGAGGCGAUGAUGAACCCCCCCUCCACGCCGUACGUUGCACCAAGCACUUUAUCCCACCCCCAGGCGCUCGCUCGCCAGCAGGCUCUCCAGCACGCACAGACUUUGCCGCACCCCCAGAGCAUCCCGCAGCACCCUCAGGGUAUUCCACAGCCACCCAGCUUACCGCACCCUCAGGGGAUCCCGCAGGCGCUGCCGCACCCGCAGAACGUGCAGCAGGCGCAGGGCUUGCAGCACCCUCAGCCCGUGGCACACCAGACCCUGCAGCACCCCCCGAACGCGCUGCUGCAGCCGGGUUUACACGGAGGCAGAAAGAUGCCGGAUGCAGACGCGCCGCCGAAUGUGACCGUGUCUACCUCAACCAUUCCCCUCUCUAUGGCUGCCACCCUGCAGCAGAACCAGCCACCGGACCUGAGCAGCAUUGUGCACCAGAUUAACCAGUUCUGCCAGGCCAGAGCUGGCAUUAGCACUACCUCAGUGUGUGAGGGACAGAUUGCAAACCCCAGCCCUAUAAGUCGCAACCUGCUUAUCAAUGCAAGUACCAGGGUAUCUACUCACAAUGUCCCUACACCCAUGCCUUCCUGUGUAGUAAACCCUGUCGACCAUGCUGCUGCUGCUAUUCCUCCUGCCUCUGUUAAUGUGCCCAUGGUCAAUAUUAACAGGGUGCCGCCCGCCUACCAGAACGAAAUCAAAUCGGUUGCGUGGAACCAGCACCAGCUUGCACAUCUGCAGCAAAUGUGUGGGGAUGCUGCUGGGCCUGCUGGACUCGCAGGGAAGCACCCUCAGAGAGAGAUCGCAGGGCAGAGUUUCCCUGGCAAAACUUCCAACUACCCUCAAGAACUGUGCAUGGGCCAGUCCUUCAGCUUGAAGCCCCCCAUCGAGAAGCCUACGCCUUCUCCGCCUGUGAACGGGUUGCAGGGACCUUUGCCAUAUACCAAUGGGCACUAUUUCCAGCCCCUCUGGAAUAACAUUCUGCCCACGCCCAACAGUGACAGCUCUGGGUCCCAGGACCUCACCAUGCCUUUCCACGGGGGACAGCCAGCGGGAGCGACGCUGGAUUGUGCGGGAGGAACUCAUUACAGAGCUGGAGCUGGCCCAUCCAGCCAGAAUAAUGUGAUGCAGACCAUGGAUUACCUAAGUGGGGACUUCCAGCAGUCCUGCUUCCGAGACCAGAGCAUGGCCGUGCUGGGAAAAGUCCAUCGGCCUCCCAUGAACCGAGCACCUGAACCAACCGAUAGUCGAAAUCUUCAUAUUCAACACCCAGGGUAUAGAUAGGCUGCAGUCACUUUCACAGACAAAAAAAAAAAAAAAUUAUAGGUUUUAGUCUUAAUUUUAAUUAAUAAGCAAGGCAUUUUUAACUUGCAAACUUGUGUGAUCAUUAUAGUACCCAUUGGAAGAAGACAUACUGUAUAUUUAAAGAGCUUUGCUUACAUGUUAUCUCUCUCCUUUAUGCAUCAAAUAUUUAACAUGCCUUUUGUGUCAAAGAAUUUCAUUACACUACUUCACGCCACAGCUGUUUCCUCACAGCAGAGUCCCCCUUUGUGCAGCUUUUUUUCUUUCUUUUGCCUUCUGCUGAGCAGCUCCUCGCUGGACUGAGGUUGAGUUGCUGCAGGGUUUUGCAGCCACAUCUGUGCUCCAGCGAGAGCGAGGUAGUGGAGCUGCUUCCAUUUCCAUCUCAAUUUCCUCGCAAGAUUAAGAGCAACAGAAUUUUGUCAGGGAGUAGGGCUUGUUUUCAACUCAAAAGCCCAUUUCAUUAAUGCAUUAAACAUUGACCAUUUGCACUGUCUCGAGGCUUGUGUAAUUGAAAAAGAGCCUACAUUUGAAAAGAGCCAGCUAGGGGUAUGUAUUUAGGCUUUAAUAGAGGGAGAAGCUUUUCAGCUGUUUCUUGCCCACGUUUAUCAUUUAGACUUUGUCCAAAGUCAAAAGUCUCUGGCAGAUUUUUCUGACACUUUGUGUGUGCUGGUCAGGGUGUGAGGAGGGGAACGGCGGGUUUGGGAUGAAGGCAGCCACGGGGAGCUGCCUUUCUUCGUGUUCCCCCUCCCCGGUGCCCUUCCACCAGCCUCAAAGCUCACGUUGUCUGAAUCCCUCGCUGCUAGGAGUCUGGCCAGCCUCGUGUGAAGGGAAUCCAGACCCACUGACAACUCCAAAAAGGGUUCAGCCACUUCUCUGGAAGCUGGAAUUACUGUCAGGGUGAGGGGCUGCAGCUCAGCCCAGCCCCGGCGCAGCGAGCGCGGUGCCGCUGCGGGAUGGGAGGCGGUUGGUCUGAAUCAAAGCUCCUCUCACAAGCCACUGUGGGAUUGACAGUCCCCUGCUCCUCUCCAUCAAAAACACCCCGGCGGAUUUAAUGGAACAAUUCUUCUCCCUGGGAAUUAGUGAAGCUAUUUAUAACAUCCCUUUUUCCCAGGGUCUCGGUGCCUAACUCCUGUUCCUUCCCCACGUCACUUCCAGCAGCCAGUUGAGUCAGUGACUGUAGGACACUAACUACUGGGUAACCUCAGCCUCUUGUUCUCCUCUGUGUACCAAAACAUCCCUUUCCUUUCUAACAGCCGAAUUUAUUGUAAGUAGAAAAUUCCUUAUCUCUGUUAACGAGACUAAUACUUGAACAUAAUGAUCACAAUCAAGUUUGGAAAUUAAAAAAAAAAAGGAAAAAAAAGAAAAAAAAAAAGAAGAAAAAGUUUAAAAAAAUAAAUGCAUUGAUUCUUUCUAUGUACACUGGCUAAAAAAUAUUGCUCUACACUGUAACUUUUAAGUGUAAUAUUUCUGUAUGAAUGUCGCCUGGUAGUGUGGGUUUGAGUAGCAUUGUGUAUGGGUGAACCCACUGGCCUCUGCCAUCCACUGGCCUCCCUCACAGCCCUUGGAAAAACAAAGCCUUAAGUAUUUGCUCCUUGAACUUUCCUUAAUGAGCAUGGUUUAAAAAAAAAAUCUUAAAGACAUCAUACAAAAUUAAAAAAAAAAAAAUUAAAAAAAAAGUUUUGAAGUGACGUCAUAGUUGGCUAGAGAUUCUUAAAAGUUUUUCGUAAAUGGGAAAAUUAGAAAACAUUUAUUUGUAUUUUUUUAAUUUAGAAUGUGUAGUCCUGGGCUGUAACAAAUAUUUAGGUUUCAAAGCUUAGCAGAGUACGUUUCUGACUCCUUGCGUAAGUUAGUACACUUAUAUCAUGUCAUUAUUUAAAUUCUUUUAAGUGUACUAUAACCCGUUCUUUAGUGGUAACUCCUGAGCAAAGUUAAGCAAUUUGACUAAAGACGGAUUAAAUUAUGUGUUGGCUUGUGUUGCCUUAUAUUUAAAAAAAGGAAAAAUUGCCUGAUUGUGUUAUGCCAAAUGAUAGCAACAUGAAGUCCUAAUUUAUUGUUUAUAAUCGUAUUCCUGCAGUCUUUGUGAAAACUGGUAAAUAUACAUCUAUGAUAGAACGAAAAUCCUGAGGCUUUUCAUGCAAUAUUUUUCUGAAUCCAUUCUGUUGGAGCCAGAGUUCGAGUCUGAAGCUGCUUCCCCUACAGUCACCCCGUCGUCUCCCCCGUCCCAAACCCAACCCAGCGAGGGCUGUGCUCUGACCUCACCCCUCCCUGCCUUACACCUCACUGGAAGGUGUUGUGCUACCUUUUUACUAAAUCAAACCUUGGCCUCUCCUCUGUUCCGUAGCCUGCUCCAAAUCUGAACCCAGACUGUUACUAAAAGCUAAUUUUUAACUCCUGCUCUUCUCCCGAGAGCCUGAGCAGAGUCCUGUGCCGUGGUGGUGGUUGCCUGGGAGGUGCUUGGUGGUGUUGGCAGCACGCUGUGAGUUUUUGGGGACUGUUCUGCACAGGUACAGCCGCGACCUCCGAGGCUUUGCCCCGGUACAGCAGGACCGGGAAGCGAAAUUCCUGCUGAGACUCAUCCAGGUGGGACAUUGCUUGAAAAAAAUAAGAAUCAUUUUACUAUUAAAAUAUACUGAAACCUUU